CUCUCUCCUCCACUCUUCAAGCUCUCAGCUCAACAUUUUCAGAAGAAAGUCACAAACUUUAACCAAAACCCAGUUUCUAAAUUUGGCAACAAAAUCUGAUCUCUGCUUUGGUUUCUCUAAAGUUACUAAAUUUAUACAGUUUAGCUUAUGGGUUUGAGAUAAAUAACGAAAAAUGGAGGAACUGAAAGUGGAAAUGGAGGAAGAAACAGUGACGUUUACUGGUUCAGUGGCUGCUUCUUCGUCUGUAGGAUCAUCAUCAUCUCCGAGACCAAUGGAGGGUCUGAACGAAACAGGACCACCGCCGUUUCUGACGAAGACUUACGAAAUGGUGGAGGAUCCGGCGACUGACACGGUGGUUUCUUGGAGUAAUGGUCGUAACAGCUUUGUGGUGUGGGAUUCUCAUAAGUUCUCAACAACUCUCCUUCCUCGUUACUUCAAGCAUAGCAAUUUCUCAAGUUUUAUUCGUCAGCUUAAUACUUAUGGAUUCAGAAAGAUUGAUCCAGAUAGAUGGGAAUUUGCGAAUGAAGGGUUUUUAGCUGGACAAAAGCAUCUCUUGAAGAACAUUAAAAGAAGGAGAAACAUGGGGUUGCAGAAUGUGAAUCAGCAAGGAUCUGGAUCUGGCUCUGGAUCAGGGAUAUCAUGUGUGGAGGUCGGGCAAUACGGGUUUGACGGGGAGGUGGAGAGGUUGAAGAGGGAUCAUAGUGUGCUUGUAGCUGAGGUAGUUAGGCUGAGACAGCAGCAACAUAGUUCCAAGAGUCAAGUUGCAGUGAUGGAGCAACGGUUGCUUGUUACUGAGAAGAGACAGCAGCAGAUGAUGACGUUCCUAGCUAAGGCGCUGAACAAUCCGAACUUUGUUCAGCAGUUUGCGUUGAUGAGUAAAGAGAAGAAGAGUUUGUUUGGUUUGGAUGUGGGGAGGAAACGGAGGCUUACUUCUACUCCAAGCUUGGGGACUAUGGAGGAGAAUUUGUUGCAUGAUCAAGAGUUUGAUAGAAUGAAAGAUGAUAUGGAGACAUUACUCGCUGCAGCUAUCGACAAUGAGUCGAGUAAUUUGAUGCCUAUGAAGGAGGAACAGUGUUUUGAGGCUAUGAAUAUGAUGAUGGGAGAUGGUAAUCUGGAAGCAGAGUUGGAUGUGAAAGUGGAAGAUUUGGUUGGUUCACCUUUGGAUUGGGACAGUCAAGAUCUACAUGACAUGGUUGAUCAAAUGGGUUUUCUUGGUUCAGAACCUUGACUUUAUGGCUUAACACAUCUACUUGUCGAAAGACCGAUAUACUCGGUCUAAGUUGUGGUAAUUGCUACCACUUUUUAUUUACUGGUUGAAUUGUUUGUUUGUUUGUUUUGACUCAAUGAAGGCAUUGAGUGUUGUUUGUUGUACAUUUGCUUGUUUCUUGUUCUAAUGAAUAAAAAUCUUUGAU